AAACCUUGUUUUGCUUAUUGUAAAUAUGUUUAUCUGGAGACUUAACGUUGAUACACUUAUUUGAAAGGAAACCAUAAUGAAUGGACACAUUAUUAAAGGUACUCCCAUUGCUGUGGAUUUCUGGCAGAUUCGUAAAUGUCCUGAUGCUAAACUAUUUUUCCUGACACAUUUUCACAGUGACCAUACAGUCGGCCUCACAUCUUCUUGGAAUCAACCAAUCUACUGCUCCAAAGUAACAGGAGACCUCAUUUGUAAAAAAUUUAGUAUUGCUCAAGAAUUAAUUCACCCCUUGGAGCUAGACACUCCGGUUUUAAUUCCCAUCGACUCUACAAAUUCUGAAAUAGUUACUGUCGUAGCAAUUGAUGCUAAUCAUUGUCCUGGGUCAGUUAUGCUCUUAUUUCAAGGUUACUUUGGUUGUAUGCUUUAUACUGGUGACUUUCGAUAUGAACCCAAGGUAAUAACUGACUCUUAUUUGUCUUCACUUAACUAUAGUGUCGAUACUUUAUAUCUUGACAAUACUUUUUGUGAUCCAAAAUGUAAGUUUCAAACUCGUACUCAAGCAACAGACUGGAUUAUGGAAUUGAUCAGCUAUUAUCCAGGACAUGAUAUCAUUUUCGGUAUGAGCAGUUUAGGUAAACCAAAUUUACUCAUUGAAAUUGCAAAGCAUUUUCAGGAAUUUAUUGCUGUACCUCAGAAAAUGUUUGAAUAUUUUGAACUUAUUGAAACCCCUGAUGUUUUUCAAAUUGAUACUGUUGAACACGAAUGCCGACUACGAGUUGUUCCGUUUUACUUAGUAACAGAGAAGUAUUUAGAUAAAUUAGCAAAACCAACAGUUGCAAUAUUUCCAACGGCACUUUAUGAAGGGCUUGAUGGUUCUCCAUAUUGCAACCAAAAUGAUAUCUAUGUGAUACCUUAUUCAGAUCAUAGCUCAUACCCAGAGCUUGUAGAAUUUGUUAAAAGAAUUAAUCCCAAGCAAAUAAUUCCAAUUGUUAGUGCAAACGCAAAAGGACCAUUUAAAAUUUCACUGUCUCAUCGUGCAGAUAUGAGUUGUUUUAAUCAAUACCUUUCCACAAGUCCCAUCAAAAAAUAUACCAUGCCAACUUUUCUCAAAAACCCCAUUCUACCUAUUCCUGGAGAUAAUGCCAAAAAAAUUUGGUCAUCAGCUGUAAAAAAGAAAAUCCAAAGAUCUGUCCUAAGACGUCGUAUUCCCAAAGGAGUUGUUUUUGAAUCUCCCAUAAAAUCAUCUCAAAACCCAAAAGAGAAAAGCGAUCACUUAGAACCAAAAAUAAAUGAAGAAAACCAUAAAAAUAUUACAUCAGUUUCAGAGAAUUCUCCGAACAGUUCUAAAACUGAUUCUAAUAGUAAGACUGUAGAAGCUUUACAAAUGUCUUCCCUAAAUAUAGUAAACAGGAAUUCUGACUGUGACAUACAAGAUAUAGUAACAGGAAUUUCAAUUAUGAAGACUCCAACUAAGAGUAAUAAACAAAACAAAUUCAUUGGAAGGAAUUCAGAAAUACCUGAUUCUUCAAAAGAAAAUUUUGCUGAAAAAAUUUCUUUAUUUGAAAAUCAGUCGCAACAGUCUUCUGAUAAUAGUGAAGAACAGGAGGCUUCAGUUCCACUUUUUGAUCUAAAUGUAAUUGAAAAUAUUUGCAGAACGAAUGCAAAUAAUGGCAAACGGUCAGAAAAGCCUUUUAAAAUAUCAAAAACUGCUGCAAACUGCAGAGAGCAGUUACCAAUGCUAGAACAGUUAAAUGAAGUCUCAGUAAACAAUAAUUUAGACGAAAGAGAGAAAGAAACUGAGGACAUUGAUGAUGAAAUAAUACGUGAUUCAGAAAACUUGGUUGCUGAAUCUGUAAAUUGUGGCAAUUCAUCAUCCGACAGUAAUAUGUCGACAAUAUAUGAUUUAAACGAACCAGGUGUAGUAAAGGAAAACACAGGUAAAAAAGAAAGUGUUUCUUCAAAGAAACGCAAGCGGCCAUUUUCUGUUGGGCAACAUUUAAAAGACUAUUCUAGACUCUCUAAGAGACCCAAAGAAGUCGACAACGUUAGGAUUGAACCGAGAAGUUUUUAUUCCAAUUUGUGCGCUUUGUCAAGCAAUGGAAAUUGUAAAAUGACAAAGCAGUAUAAUAAUCAACGUCAGAGGCUGGUAUCUAGUUUUAUUGAACAGGAUAAAAACCCAGUUGAAAAUAACCCCUCUACAUCGAAACCUUCAUUAGACUUUACAACUAAACACGUUCUUUCUCGGUGUCAUGGACUGCAAUCCUCUGUGAUUGAAAAAUAUCAAAAUAUUAUUGAGAAAUUUGUUUUAAAACAAAGAAAAAUGAAUUUACUUUGAAAAGAACCUUUAAAUAGAUUCUACAAAUUUAUUAAAAUUAAAAAUCUAAAUUAAUUACAAAUGUAAAUUAAUUUACUAACCUUUGUGUUUAAUGUGAUUUAUGUAUUCUACUUAAAAUACAUCACAAAAGAAUUGUGAUGAAAAAAAACAUCUCAAUUUCCAAGUUAGAGUUUCUUUGGUGUUUAAAAUAUUAGUUACAUCAAUUAAACACUUUUUUUUUGC